AUGUUUGAUAACAACGCUUCUUAUUUAUAUUUAAAUGAAUUUUUAACAUCAUCAUCUUUAAAUAAGAAAGAAUUAAAUACAAAGGUAUCAAAAUGUUUUGAAUAUCGACCAAAUCGAACUCGUAUUUGUCGAAUACCAACUGAAACAUUAGAAAAUGGUCACCGAACAAAACAUAUACUAUUAUUUCGUGACGACAUUGUCAAACGUAAUAAACAAUGGAGACGAAAACAUCUACCAAUGCAACAACUAAAACAAAAACAUCAAUUAUUUGAAGAAAAUUUUCGUAAUAAAAAUCAAGAAUUGAUAGAUGAACAAUUACAUUUAGAAAAUCAUCUUACAAAACUUCAAACACCUAUAAAAGAUUUCAAAACUAUAAUAAAUAACAAUGUUUGUAUGGAUUCUUCUACUGAUUUGCUUUUAAUAGAUAAAGAAACAACACCAUUAUCGUUUAAUCAAUAUUCAGAUGAAUUUAGUCCUUUUAGUUUGUAA